UUUUAAAUAUCAGGUGUUGAUAUUGUAUAUUUGAAGUACAAAUCAGUUUUCGAGCAAGUUUUUGGCCUUGUGGCUAUUUCCAUUCCAUUUAUUGGAGUAUAUCAUGGCAUCUAUUCAUACAGAACCAUUAGUAAACUCAACUAACCAUAGUCCAGCAAGUCCAGUAAUGAAAAGUGCAGCAAAUUCAGUUGUGAAUCAGAAUAAUGUGAGAGAUGUUAUUAGUGAUGAUAUGGGUUGGAAAGCCAAACUGAAAAUUCCACCUCGAGAUAAAAGAAAGAAAACAACAGAUGUUACUGAUACUAAAGGAAAUGAAUUUGAAGAUUUUUGUUUAAAGAGGGAAUUACUGAUGGGAAUUUUUGAAAAAGGAUGGGAAAAGCCAUCACCUAUCCAAGAAGCCAGUAUUCCUAUAGCAUUAUUAGGUCGUGAUAUACUUGCACGUGCCAAAAACGGUACAGGCAAAACUGGUGCUUACAUCAUUCCUAUUUUACAGCGGGUGGAUACUUCAAAAAAUAGUAUUCAAGCUCUUGUAAUUGUUCCCACUAGGGAACUAGCACUUCAGACAAGUCAGAUUUGCAUUGAAUUAGCAAAACAUAUUGAUGCUAGAGUCAUGGUGACAACUGGAGGUACAAAUUUGAAGGAUGACAUUAUGCGUAUUUAUGGGAAUGUACAUAUAAUCAUUGCAACACCAGGAAGGAUUUUAGACUUAAUGGAAAAGAAUGUUGCUCAUAUGGACAAAUGUAACAUUCUGGUUCUUGAUGAGGCUGACAAAUUACUUUCUCAAGAUUUUAAAGGCAUGUUGGACAAAGUCAUAAGCUAUUUACCCAAAGAACGUCAAAUUCUUCUAUAUUCAGCCACAUUCCCUUUAACUGUAGAACAAUUCAUGAGAAAACAUCUUAAUGAACCAUAUGAAAUAAAUUUAAUGGAUGAAUUAACAUUAAAAGGAGUUACACAAUAUUAUGCAUUUGUUCAAGAAAGACAAAAAGUUCAUUGUUUAAACACACUUUUUUCUAAAUUGCAAAUAAACCAAUCUAUUAUUUUUUGUAACUCAACUCAAAGAGUGGAAUUGCUGGCAAAGAAAAUAACAGAACUUGGCUAUUCUUGUUAUUAUAUCCAUGCUAAAAUGUCUCAACAGCACCGUAAUCGUGUCUUCCAUGACUUCCGUGCUGGGUUAUGCCGAAAUCUUGUUUGUUCAGAUCUUUUCACAAGAGGUAUUGAUAUCCAGGCUGUCAAUGUUGUUAUCAAUUUUGACUUUCCCAAAAUGGCAGAGACUUACCUUCAUCGUAUAGGAAGAUCAGGACGUUUUGGACAUUUGGGGAUUGCUAUUAAUUUGAUUACAUAUGAUGACAGAUUUGCCUUGCAUCGAAUAGAACAAGAACUUGGAACUGAAAUCAAGCCUAUUCCAAAAGUAAGCAUUUACAAUCUUUGCUUUCUAAUUUACAUACUUUUAACUUUAGAAAAACAUAUCUAAGAUUAUAUAAAAGAU